UGGGCUGUACAGCAGAGCGCUGUAGCAUAAGUAGCUGUAACCGGUCUGCAUUUAUCUGAGCGGUUCACUGCGAGUAGUCGAGAAGUACCUAGUUUGCUUAACAGUUUGGCACAGAGCUACCGUUGGAUUACAAAACUUAGAGGGUCUUACGAGAAGAGAAAACAGUUAAAUUGCAAAUUUUGCAAUACUAGGUACAAUUUUCUGGUUUAGUUUAUCAUGUUGCAUUUAUAGAGGAAUGGAUGUUGUAGCGGUUACAUGCUAGCUGACGUUAACUUUGGCUAAUAACCUUAGUUUGCUUGGCUGGAUUUUCCGAAAAAAAUUAUCUUUGCACCUCUACUGAAAAGCAGGUAACGACGAGACAGGUCACCUCGGGAUACGUGAAUGAUAAAGAUGAAUGGCCAGGGUGAACACUCCACUCCGAUGAGGGUGCUGGUGACAGGAGGGACAGGCUUGGUGGGCAGAGCCAUCCAGCAUGUGGUGAAAGAGGAGGGGGUGGCCAAGGAGGGAGGAGAAUGGAUAUUCCUCUCUUCCAAAGAUGCCGACCUCACGAACAUGGAUGAAACAAGAGCUGUGUUUGAAAAACAUAAGCCAACCCAUGUUAUUCACCUCGCUGCCAUGGUUGGCGGGCUUUUCAAGAACAUGAAGUACAACCUGGACUUCUGGAGAAACAAUGUCUACAUCAACGAUAACGUGCUGCGGGCAGCGUUUGAAGUUGGAGCAGUCAAGGUUGUUUCCUGUCUGUCCACCUGCAUCUUUCCUGACAAGACCACCUACCCUAUAGAUGAGACUAUGAUCCAUAAUGGUCCCCCUCAUGAGUCAAACUUUGGCUAUGCCUAUGCAAAGAGAAUGAUCGAUGUUAAUAACAGGGGUUACUAUCAGCAGCAUGGGCGCUGCUAUACUGCUGUGAUUCCCACAAACGUGUUUGGGCCUCAUGACAACUUCAGUAUUGAGGAUGGUCAUGUGCUUCCGGGUCUCAUACACAAAGCUUACAUUGCACAAAAGGAGGGAAAGCCCCUGGUGGUCUGGGGCUCUGGCACUCCCAGAAGACAGUUCAUUUACUCUCUGGACCUGGCUCGGCUCUUCCUGUGGGUCCUGAGAGAUUAUCCAGAGAUUGACCCAAUCAUUCUCUCUGUUGGAGAGGAAGAAGAAGUGUCCAUCAAAGAAGCAGCAGAAGCAGUGGUGGAAGCACUGGACUUCAAAGGAGAAGUAGUUUUUGAUGCCAGUAAAGCAGAUGGUCAGUUCAAGAAAACUGCCAGCAAUGCAAAGCUUCGACGCUACCUGCCAGGCUUCACCUUCACACCCUUCAAUCAAGCUUUAAAGGAGACUUGUGAUUGGUUUGUGGCAAACUACGACUCUGCGCGGAAGUGAAACCUGACAAUCAAGUAGGGUUGAAAGUCUGUCGAUCCAAAGCCUUUUCUGUUUGGAGGUGACAGGAGUAUAAGAGAUGAUGGCGCUGCUAAUAGUGGAGACAAGUCAAAGGAAACUCAGUGGUUCAUCUGCACAGACUGACUGACGACUGUUACUGAAUGAAGUCUGAUUCUGUCUGUUUGUGACAUCAGAAGGAUAAAAAAUCUCACUAUGAAGUCAAAUCUGCAUCACUGUCAUGUAUUUUAUUUUAGAAGACAUUUCUUUAAAGGGAUUUUAAUAUAAAAAGUAUUUCUAGACAUUGUAUUUUACUACCAAUGUGUCAAAUAAUGUGUAGAAACACUUUGGUGGUCUGACAUUUUCAUUUUUCUUGUAUUAAUUUUUUUGUCCAAGGUUUUAUUUCUGAAUUAUCUUUAUUUUAGAAAAGUUUGGGGAGUUUUAAGAAACUUGGAGACACCUUAUGUAAAAAAAAGAAAGAUUUUUGGUCUAUUUUGUCAAAAUGCUGGUUUGGGUGAUUUGUAAUGAAGUUUACUGGCAUCAAGCUAAAUAAAUAUGUUAUACCUGU